CUCGGUUGCAGUAAUUAUGGUAAAACAAACUAUUACUUGUUACCAUAGUAACGCGGUGGCACAAACGUUUUGCGCUAAUUCGCUGUUAGCACGUUAUGGUCUUAAUCGUGUGACGUACUAACGAAGAUAACAGCACAAACCGCUCCGGAGCCGAUCUCCAGACUGUAGUGGUUCCUUGUGCCUUUUUCAGUCAUGCCAGCUGAAUCUCGGGGUCGAGACCCUUUGGGCCCCGGAGCUCCAUGGAGGUCACCCGAUGCAAACGAUGGCGAAGAUAAAGGAAGCAGGGGCUGGAGGAGGGGGGCCCAGAGGGAGCAGGCAUCCAGCAGGAGAAGCUGCUUCUUAGGCUUGGAAGUGAACACAGAGCUGGUCUGGGAGGACUGGGACUUGGGACGAGAGUUCACCAAAACACUAGUCUUGAAGAACGUUUAUAGCAAACUACAAAAACUACACUUGAGACCACCAGCAUCCAAGUUUUUCUCCACUGUAAUUAACCAGACAAUUCUUCUGAGCCCAGGGACUUCAUUUACAGUGCCAGUCAUCUUUAAACCACUGCAACGGUGUGAGUAUGAGGACAGUAUAGAGUUUCAAGGUAAAGACGGCAGCUUCCAAGUAUUUCUCCGGGCCACUUUUCCCUGCCAUGCCCUGGAGGUGCCCGAGUCUGUGCUGCUGCCAGUCUGUGCAGUUAGUCACUCCACGCAUACUACCUUCAGGCUCAAAAAUGCAAGUCAUCUCCAGACUUGGUUCCAGUGGGUGUGUGAAUCACCGUUUCAAAUGAACCCUGAGAAAGGCCUGCUGAAGCCAAAUCAAGAGUGUCAAGUCACUGUCAUUUUCCGACCACAAGAGGCGCUAGUGCACCAGCAACAGGCCAACUGCAUGUUUGGAGAGGAAAACAAUAAAGAGAGCUCCUGCACUGUUCUACUGCAGGGACUAGCCAAAUACCCAUAUCUUCAGCUGAGAAAAACAGACCCCAAUGAGAAAGAAGAAAAUGGGACCCCUGUGCUAAACUUUGGUUCUUUUGCUGUCGGGCAGAGUUUGCAGAAACGGUUUGAAAUCUUCAAUCCCUCUCCUGUAGCUGCAUCCUUUUCUGUGUCACGGUUGUCUGGUGGGGUGCCCUUGUUUGGGUCAGAGUUCAGCUGUGAUGUCACCACAGGGAAGGUGGCGCCUGGUGAAUCACAGCAGGUUGCAGUAACCUAUUUUCCUGCUGUAGUGGAUACUGUCUCUGUUGAGUACUUAUCAAUUGAUUGUGGAGGGUCCCUCAGCGAAACACUGCUCAAACUCACUGGAACCUGUAUAGGUCCCAGAGUUUCCUUGUCUUCCGCUGUUGUGGACUUUGGUUGUGUUAAGGAAGGAGGAACAGUCGAACAGACAUUGAAGCUGGUUAAUCCUUCGCCUGUUGUGGCAUUUUACCAGUGUAAUCUUGACUGUAAUGGGCACAGUGUGUUCUCCAUCCAGCCAGCAAGUGGCACCGUGUGCCCACAUAGCCAUACCAUGCUGAAAGCCGUUUACAGGCCAACGCAGGCUAGGGCUCACCACAGGAGAGUAGCAUGUCUCAUAUUGCACCAGGAGCCUCUGUUCCUCGACUUGAUUGGUACCUGCCACUCGGACUUUCACCAACCAGCCAUACUGAGACCUGAACAUUUGAUCUUAUACAGCGGACAGAUCCCAACUGACACGUCCAUGCAGCAAGUACAGUUGGACCAGCAGGACAUAUCUUCCACAUUAGAGGAGUCAAACCAAAGACCAGACAGUGCUGCUGUGUCAAGAAGUCCAAUGGAGGAAUUUUUCCAAUCAUGGAAUGUUAAUGGAAUCUCCUCCAGUUCUUCAUUAUCAUCCCCACAUAUAUCUGUGGUUCCCAACGAGCUCCUGUUUAAUCACAACAUGUCCUCCUCUGUGACUACUUUGUCUGCUUCCUGUCAGUUUGUUUCCAUCACCAACCGCAGUAGAAGGAAACUAAGUUUGGUGUGGACCGUUGCCCAAGACUCUCCAUUUACCGUUUCACCCACAUCAUGUCAUCUGGCUCCACUCAAGUCCACCUCUUUCACAGUCACAUAUGACCCCAAGCAACUCAACACCCUGCAUGGGGCACAACUCGAGUGCUUUGCGUUUAAUAAGGAAAAUCAACACAAGGGCAAUGAACUGCUCUGUCUGCCUUGGUGUGUGACUGUUAGAGUCAUUGGCCACUCCUUUCAGUUGGGCAAAGAGCACUUCGUCCCAUGCUGUUCCCUGAAGCCUGCUCGAGUGGUUUUUCCAGCUCUGAGUGCUGUUUCCUAUCAAACAGUGCUCCUCCAGAAUGGUGGAGUCCAACCCCUCACCUUCUGUCGGGACCACAGCUCAAACCCUGCCCUGACAGAAUCGGUGUACGUAACUCCAAGCUGUGGACUUAUUCAGCCCGGUGAUCAUCAAAUCCUGACCCUCAGAACAAUCCCCACAGAAGACAGUCCAAAGGAAGGUUUCAGUUUACAGCUGCAACUCAAUGCAACUAAACACACAAAGGAAUUGACAAUUGUCAGUGUGGCAGAAAAGCCGUGUGUGUCUCUGGAAGCAGACAGCGGUUUAUAUUUCCGUCCAACAGCUGUGGGAUCACAAACUCGCCGCUCCAAACACAUCAGGAAUCUCAGUCGUCUACCUCUACGGUUCCAGUGGAGCAUUCCAGAGUCAGACCAGGGGAUUAUCUUUGUUGAACCAGAUGUUGGCGAACUGCAUCCCAAUGAGAGCGCAGUGCAGACAUGGUCAUUCAGUCCACUGGAAGAGAAAAUAUACAGAGUCAAACCAACUCUCACCUUCUGGCCAAGUCAGUCUACUGGAUGUGACAGGUCACAGCUUUGUCUUGAGGUGGAGGGAACAGGCUCCAUUGGCUUUAUAAAGGGAGAGGAGGCAGUUGUGGAUGUGGGGGAAAUUUUGGUUGGAAGUUACAGAUCAAUCGAAAUUCCUCUAAUCAACGACAGCCCCUGCUCUGUGUCCUUCUGCCUUUCUGUAAAGCAGCAACUCCUGGAUGAUGAUCCUAUUAAUGACCCAGAGACUAAGCCUAGUGCCCUAGAGCUGGACUGUAAGAGAGGAACCAUUGCCUCACAAUGCAAACUGCUGCUUCAAUGCAGUGUCAGACCACAAAGGCGCGCCCAGUACGUGUGGACCAUCAGCUACCAGACGUUAAACUCCAGUGGCUUGGCGUCGUCCUCUUCCUGGGCAGUGUGUGAAGUGCGAGCCCAGGGUGUAUUUCCCACCCUACAGGUGAUUGAUGUGUGCAGCUCUGGGAAUGUGGGCAGACUCAGCAAGCACCAUCUAUGGGGACUUUUCUCACUGGACAGGCUCAACAAGCACCUGCUCUCUAACCCUGAGUCAUCUGAACUCACCUACAGAACCCCCACCAGGCACAGUCUUCAUAGUUCUCCUUUGAUCUUCACCAAAGCCAACGUGGAUUUCAACUUUAGUGCCGCUCCGUUAAAUUCAGACCCAUCGACAUUUGUUUUGAUGUUUCAUAACCCUGGAUCUGUGCCUGUAGACUGGGCAUUCUUGUUUCCAGAGGACCAACAGAUAGAGCUGGAGUACUGGGCACAGACAGGAGAGUUGGACAGCACUGACUUCAGCCACAUGCAUAUUCAAGACAAUCAUCUGUUCAACAUUUCUCCUCGUACGGGAACUUUGCAGCCUGGCCAGCAGAGGGCAGUGCUCCUAACGUACAGCCACACAUUUGUUGGGAUAGAUCGGAUUUCUGUGGUGCUAAAACUCUCUCAUGGCAGAGAGAUCUUGCUGAACUUUGAGGGAGUGACGGUGGAGAGACACAGGCCUUACCUCCACUUUGUGUCAGAUCAACAUGUCUUGAGCCCUAUAAGCAUUGGGGACACCAGCCCUCCAAAGCAGGUGUUUGAAGUACACAAUGCUGGUGCAGUGCUGGUACAUUAUGAAGUAGACACGUCCGUGCUGUCACAGCUUCAGGUGGAAAACUUUAAUCAUCCUGUACUGUGCUGCCUCAAUCCAGAGGGAGAGGUCCUACCAGGCAAGGUGGCAACGUUGGAAUGGAUCUUCUCUCCACUAGAACCAAGGAUGUAUCAUAUGGAAAUUCCUAUCCACAUCCAGGAUGGAGACUCGAUAUUGAUGAGGAUUGAGGGAUGUGGGUUGGACACUCCGACCCUUGGAUCCCCAAACAGUGAUAGUAAGCCAUCCGUACCCUGUGUCCAGAGGGUGUCCUUCGCAGGACAGGCGGUAUUCCUCUCUGAGGACAGCAUCUCUCUAGGUGACAUGCCAGUGUCCUGUCAAUGCUCAAGGAUCCUCUUCCUCACUAACAAGUCUUGCACCGACACGUUCCAGUUCACCUGGGACCUGGCCCAGCAGAGGAACCAGCAGGAGGUCUGGAUUCACCCCAACAGAGGACGUCUGUGUCCAGGGGAGAGUGUUCUUUGCGUUCUUACCUUCACUUCUGCUGACUACCCCGCACUUUAUCAGCUAGACGUCAUCUGUCAGGUCGAUCAGGAAGCAGCAACGGUUCAAUAUCAUGACGACUUGAAGGUUUGGGAAGAAGAAGGACAGAGACGGCAAGAGGAGUUCACAAUUACAGACAAAAGCCCUACGGAUAUCCCUGCGAAUCUGACAGAUAAGGAACCACAUUCAGUCACAAAAGGGCCAUCUCUCAGGAAAUACAAGACUCUUCCGCCUAUUUGUUCGAGUAGCCGUUUGAAACAAGUGGGCGACACUAGUCAGAGGCCAACAAAACCUGAGCGUUGUGCACCACGAGAAACCCCUAGCCAGAUACGGAGACCACCUGAACCCCCCCAGCCCUCUCUCCUGCAUCUGGAGGUUACAGCACGCUCCCAUGUGUGUCUGGACUACAUCGCGCACUUCCCCGACCAGUUCAGCAUGCUUUACAAAUGCCUCUCGUCAGACAAGUCCCAGAAUCCUAAAUCAGCUUUCUCAACCACAGACGUCGCUGCUCAACCAACACAAGAGCCUGGAAAAGACGUCACCGCUCCCAUACUCAUGUCUCUGCUAAAAAACAUCCUAGAUGAUUCAGCCUUCAGCCAGUCUCUGCUCACUGUGGCCUCCAGACCCAUCAUCUAUCAGCCAACACAACCAUUCCGCCCUCAUUACCCCCCCAUUCAAUCCUCCCCACAUUUCACUACCUGUCCCACAUCUCCUCACCCUGAACCGAAAGCUCAGGUUGUAUCGAGUGGGACCGAAGGAACGCUGGAAGCCAAAACUCAGAAUAAACGGCACACAGCAUAUGUACCAGUUCACAUCGCUGAGGAGGUUUUGCGGAACACCCUCCAGAACCUGAUGUUGGAAGCUGUCAGCGGAGAACUUGUCCUUACGGCACAUCCACGCUCUGUUAGUUUACCACCUGCUUCUGCCAGAACAAGGAGGACUGCCAGAGCUGCAGCUGAAAAAGUUGGGAUUUAAUUUGGGACCCCACCAUCUACCUUACACUUUUAUUCAAUUAUAAUUUUAGAUGUCUUCAACCCAUAUUCAGUUUUCUCCAACACAACUAUUAUUACUACUUAAUUCCUCACAGAUUCCGUCAACAUUUCAUAAUUAUUUUUUCGGUUUCAUUACAAAUGGUUGGUUUGCACUCAAGAGAUGUAUCAUGUUUGUAAUCUCUAUUCUAAAUCAUUAAAAUAUUAUGUUACUGAAAAUGUAUCCAAAAGAUUUUCCAUUUACUUUUUUUACUACAAUUACAGCAUGAUAAACUUUGAGUAUGUGGGAACAGGAGAAUGGCAGAUGAAGUAGGGCAUGCAGAAUAAAGGGCUAUUACGUGUA